AUGAGUCCAUUUGAAAUCAGUAGGUGUAUACCUGAUGACGAUAGGUGUCUGAUUCCUACUUACUUUCCUCAGUAUGAGCACAAAGAAGGUGAAGAGCGCGCAAAAUCCGACGGCGAAGGUGAGAUUGCAUCCGAUUUUCGGAGGUUAAUUGGGACACUAUUAAACGAGGCCUCAAAACAGCCGUAUUGCUGCAAGAGCAUAUCCAUUCCCUCGGCCUCUUCUUCUCUAAAUCAGAUCGAAUUAUUACAGUUCCUGCUCGGAUCAUUGCUAGCAAUCGGGUUUUUGGUUGUUAUGGACAGAGACGAUUUGGGAAUGAUGAUGGCUGGAGAUGGGAGAAAGGUGAGAUCUUUUGAUUUGGGGAUCGACAUGUUGAAAAACAAAUGA